UUUUGGGGCGGCCGAUGUGACUGCCUUGCUCAGUUUGAUUCGAUCUGAAAUCAUGAUUUUGUUUUAAUCCCAAAUCCCUUCUCUCACUGCCAGAUUCCCCCAUUUAUAACCCAUCUGCCAUGUUUCCUGGUGACCAAGAUAUAUUAUAUCCACCCAUUCUCCUUUCUUUAUUUUUUACCCAUCUAUUCUCAUUCUUCCUCUCUUUGCUUCCCGUUCCAAGAAAUGUCGGCACAAGAUGACCGACCUCUGGGCCUCAUUGGUACCUUUCAUACUGCAGAUGAUCAUCAAGAAGAAGAAGAAGAAGAAUAUGAAGAUAUUCAAUCUUAUUGUCCUCCCCCACGAAAGCAGAUUGGCCCAGCCAUUGCCUUCGCUCUAACUCUUGCCUUCAUUCUCUGUACAAUGUUUGCAACUGGACAGUCUCUUCCCCCUCAAACUGCUACACAAACGAUGAAGCUUCUCAAGGGCGGAGAAGGAGAUGAGCAGGUGUUGUUGGGGAGAGAAGAUUGGUCAUGGAGGGAGAGUAGAAUUAUAAGUGCAAGGGAGCUGAGUGGACUGGGUUCCCACCCACCAUCGUGCAGAUCAAAGUGCGGAAAAUGUGUGCCUUGCAAGCCUGUCAGAGUGCCCAUUCACCCGGGAAGGAAUCGGCCAUUGGAGUAUUAUCCAGAAGCUUGGAGGUGCAAAUGUGGGAAUAAGCUCUAUAUGCCUUGAUCAUUUUCUUAAUCUUCUCUUAAGCUAGCCUAUUCUCACAUUGGUUUACAGUACCUAAUUUCCUCUAGAGAUGGAGUGAAACAGUUAAGAAUUUUUAGGAGCUUUCUGACUGUCAGGUUAGUGAAGAAGUACUACUGAUGCAGUAAGAGAAAGUGCAGGUAGGAGGGUUGUCUACGUCCUCAUACAGAGUCCAUCUUAAUUAAUAUUAUGGGAAUGCUCCGCAAUUGUAAAAUUAUACCACCAUAGAUAAGACAUAUAUAAUUGCAGUUUACAUGCAAGUAAUUUUAUUUUAAGAUUCUUCUGCA